GUUGACCUCACGUGCACCUUCACCUUCCGCAACUCCAAGCAGACAUACACAGGAAUUCCCAUUAUAGUAGCAAACAUGGACACUGUGGGGACAUUUGAAAUGGCCGUGGUUAUGGCAAAACAUGCAAUGUUCACUGCAAUUCACAAGCAUUAUUCUCUGGAAGAAUGGAAACUGUUUGCUGCCAAUCACCCAGAAUGCCUUGAGCAUGUAGCAGCAAGCUCAGGUAGUGGAAAAGCUGAUUUGGACAAGUUAACAAGUAUUCUAGAGGCCAUUCCACCUAUCAGAUACAUCUGCCUGGAUGUGGCAAAUGGCUAUUCAGAGCACUUUGUGGAGUUUGUGAAGUCUGUCCGUGCCCUGUUCCCACAUCACACCAUUAUGGCAGGCAAUGUGGUGACAGGAGAGAUGGUAGAAGAACUUAUUCUUUCUGGAGCAGAUAUUAUUAAAGUGGGUAUUGGACCAG